GUACAAACCAUCGGGGUUACCGAGAGGACAGCGGUCGGUGGGAGGGUUUGCAAGCUGCUGUGCUGUAUGUAUAUAAAACCAAUAAUAGAGGAUGUGCCUCACAUUGACACGAUCAUUCCCGUCCUGCGUGCUGUGCAGCAGAAGAUAACACAGCAGACAGGGCGGGGUGAAGUACUACUACAAGAGAAAACACCAGGACGCCUCCCACAACGGAAUCAUGGAGCAAGAGAAGGGCGACAGCGAGACGUCAGGCUUGCUUAAUGGACAUAUCGGCUCAAGGCAUGUACAGCUCGACACAGACAGAACCCCGGAUGUUGUGACAUACGGAAGUGUGACGGACGAACACACGGAAGAAGUCGCCAAUGGCACAGAUACUCCUGUGGAGAAAGAAGGCUUUAGUUGUGGGAGGGCAUCAAAAAGACAGAUCCUGUCCUUCUUCUGCGUCGCUUUUCUGAACUUUUCGGGGAUGGCCUGCUACGCUAUAAUCACGCCGUUCUUUCCGAGUGAGGCUUUACGACGAGGGGCCUCGCAGACUACAGUAGGAUUUGUAUUCGGAUGUUUCAGUGCAGUCCAGUUUCUAGGAGGGCUGGUCUUCGGCAAAUUUAUCACAACCGUUGGGUCGAGGUUCGUGUUGAUCAGUGGUGUGUUUGUGGCAGGGAGCUGUUCGCUGUUGUUUGGGCUCCUAGAGUACACGGAAGGAACAACGUUUAUCGCCUUCUGCUUUGCCAUUCGGUCUAUGGAAGCCCUGGGUGUGUCUGCGCACUUGACUGUAGCAACAACUAUUCUGACCCACGAGUUCCCCAACGACAUAGCGAAAGUCAUGGGUAUCCAGGAGAUUUUCGUAGGACUCGGCAUGAUGGCGGCUCCUCCCAUUGGGGGUGUCCUGUACAACCUUGGCGGGUUCAAACUGCCGUUCUUCACGGUGGGGGGUCUGAUGUUCUGCUGCUGCGCGGUGCUGGCUGUCCUGGUCCCGCCUCAAGUAGAUAAACAGGAAGGCAAAAGGGACGUGUCUUUGCUGUACUUUCUUAGGAUCCCAACCGUCAUCAUGACUUGCGGAGUAACCGUUGUGCUCUUCUCUGCCAUUGAGUAUCUUAACCCUGUGUUGCAGCCAUAUGCUACAAAAGAGUUCAAUCUUACUUCUCCGCAAGUUGGUCUGAUAUUCCUGCUCCUGGCCUGCGUGUACGCCCUUUUCGCGCCGGCAUGGGGGUGGCUGGCUGACAAAAAGAAAUAUGCCAGGAUUAUGAUGACAUUAGGACUGCUCGUGCUUUCAGCUGGGACGCUCCUCAUUGGUCCGUCACCCCUCCUUACAGACUACGUCACUCUUCUGCCCAAGUAAGGGUCUCGCUGUGUUAGUGCUAUGAUACUUUGCGAUACACUGGUACAAUAUUGCUUGAAAGAAGCCAUGCGGGUAUGCAAAACAUUGUAGUGCAAGUUACGUAUUCAAUUUGAAUUUCAUUUAUACUUAAUACAUGACUUGUACACCUUGACAUUGAACUUAACCCUAAAAUGAACUGUAAUUAAUGAGCACCGCACGAUCGAUAAUGGGUACCGUUAAAUACGUGUAUUUUACUGUUGCAAGAAAUCAUAUGAGCGGCAUGUGAAUGUGUCAACCGUAAGGCCUAGAGAGCCAUUUCUUUCUUUCUUUCUUUCUUUUUCAGAGCAUUAUGGAUAAACAUCGUCGGUAUUGUAGUCAUUGCACUGUCUACCGGCUCAGUUUUAGCAAAUCUCUUCAAUGUGAUGCUUUGGGCGGCUAGCGAUGCAGGUAUGGAGACCGACUUUGCUACUUACGGACUAGUAUCUGGAACUUUCGGUGCAUUUAUGGCCAUGGGGUCAUUUCUGGGUCCGACAGUGAGCAGUGCCCUGGUAGAGAGGUUUGGGUUGCCAUGGGCCUCAACAGCAUUCUCAGGGUAUAUCUUAUUUUCCAUGUUGCUGGUGGUCAUUUUUACCAUCGGUGAAAACGUGUAUGAGAGAUACCAUGCUGGACCAUCAACUGAGGAGGAAGCUCAAGGGUUACUUACAUAACGUCUUCAAAUUAACGCCAACUACAUCGAGAUGUCGUUUGACUCUGCAGCUGUUUCCGUUGGUACAAUAAACACUUUAAACCCGUCCGUUCCUUUCUAGAUAGUUAUCGUACUGGUUUCUACAUGUAUAUUAUGGCUGCCUCACUCCCACGCGGUAUGUAGGGCAUCCUCAAAUCGACA